GUUAAUUAUGGGCCCUCAGCUGAACAGAUACUGCUUACUCUUGUUGGUGAGCAUGAGAUGCUGUGGGGCAAGGAAAAUGAAAUGCUUAUUUACUUUGUUUUGGUGGCCAUGCCAUGUGUGCAGGUAAUGUUGUACCAUAUGACCAAUUAUCUGUUUAUAACUAUACGAUAGGCCAUUUUGACUAUGGCGUAAUUUUACUACUACGCCCAGAGUCCUACCCUUUUUUCUUUUUAUUUAAAUUUAUAAUCAAAGCAAAGUUAAAAUAACAAAAUCCCUUUUUUGUACAAGAAAGUAGCUGGGAAAACGGCGUCAUCGUGCAAAUAGCCUAUUGCAAAAGCACAUAUGUACAUUUUUCCUACAUUUGGAGGUAAAAAAGAUCAUCCCAAGCCAAAACUGAGCUAUUGGUCUGUAUAUUGAUCAACCCACUUUGAGCAACGUAACACAUAUCGCUUGGUCGCUUGGAUAUAAAAUUUUGUUUUGUGGCACGUUGGUGGUUGUCACUCGCCUACCUGAGCUACCAUGGGCGAGCCAACUUCUUCUACAUUUCCUUACAAAAGAGCAAGCGCUAAGCAAGCGCUGUUUUCAGCUCUUAGCUCGGGCAGUGGGGUGAACCUUUUUUUUACUGAUAUAAACGCCCGCCGAAGGUGAUUCGGCUGGUCACAUGUUUUAGAAUUUUAUUCAACAGCCAGAUGAACUGUAAGCGGAGCUUUCCGUGACUCCGGCUUACGAGUGAAGCGAGAAAUAAGUGAAAUGAAAGUAGAACAGCAACUCAUACAGCGAUCGCGUAUUUGUUGAAUUUGAUCCAUGGAAUCUACCAGGAGCGAUAAAAUACACGAAAAGAAACUGAGGCUCAUCACAUAUGGCAGAGAAAAGAGAACUAUAUAUAAUAUAAGAAGCAAUUUCCACCUUUUUUCUACAUCUUUUUCUCUUGAAAACUUUUGCAAAGGCACAUAGUCACCAAAACCGAUCGUACUCAAAGUUAUGAACCACGCGUAAAAACUCUCUAUGAAACUUUAGUUUUCAGUAAAGGAGGUUGACAAACUCGCCAGCAUGAGAUGCUGGAAAACAAUUAUGCAACCCGACACACAGAUUGUCUUCAAUUUCACAUGCCUCGGCUCGGUCCUCUUGAGAAGAAUGGUUUCAGUUUUGACAACCAGGGAUCUGACACCGAUGGCUAAUAGUUCCCACAGUGACUUCAUGAGUAGCUACUACUUUAUUUAAACUAAUUAUUAGGCUGCAUAUUACCCGUAAAUAUAUAUAUAUAAUUUGCGCAAAAUGGAGUUUAAAUAAUAAUAAUAAUAAUAAUAAUAAUAGUAAUAAUAAUAAUAAUAAUAAUAGUAAUAAUAAUAAUAAUAAUAGUAAUAAUAAUAAUAAUAAUAAUAAUAAUAACAAAAAAAGAUGCUGCAGACAGUGUCCGAUUUUGAAUGAAUCUUUGAAAUCACGGAGUGAAACUUUUUGUAAUCAUUACAAAAUGAUUUUUCCAUUCCCAAUGUACAUUUAAUCACAUUUCAGUUCCUGUUUUGAAACCUUCAUCAUUGACGGUACCUUACAAUAAUUUAGUAUUUCUCUCUUUACUAAAAAAAGCUGACAGAGAGAAAUAACUUCCAUGCGUUAUCUGUGGUUUACCUAUCGUGGUAAGAGUAGCGACAACGAAAUUGCAGCUGUUGAAAAAAUUCCAGUCCAGUUCUUCUUUUGCCUUCAUUUCUUCGGCGGCUAUUUUGACAAAACUAUUAAAUUCAUUGUCUGUCAUGUUAUAUUUAAAUUCGACUUCAUUUCUUAGGUCCUUUAGCAUCCUUCUCAUUCGUUGGUGUGCUGUUUCGUCCAGUUUCUCGAUCAUGGCAAAAAUCCAGGCUAUAAACAAGCCAUACAGGUAUAAUAUCCGGAUCCGCACAAUUGCCUUGCAGAGAAAAGCUAUAAAAAGGGAAUUGGUAGUACGACAAAAUUACUUAAUAUGUUACGCAAUUACACGGAAUAAAUAAAUGAAUAAAAAGGAAAAAAAAUAGCGAAUUUACACACUUACAUGGCAAUACUUACAAAUAUUAACUAGAUUACAGCAGUGCUAAUUCUGAUUGGUUAGCUAUCUCGGACUAUGACGUUAUAUUCACCACGGUAGGCUCUGAAUAUAAAGCAGAACAGAAUCGCUGUCGUGAACUGGGUGUUUUACCAAAGUUUCAUGGUAAAAUCCUUUUGAAAAUACACGAAUAUCCAAGUGCUGAUGACUUUGAAGGCAGGAAAAGACUUCAUGGUGUUUAAACAGCGUGAUUUAUUGUGAAGUGGUUUACUGUAGCUGACUUUUGGUACGCUCGAAGCUAUGUUUACCACUACAGAGGAAAACGAGGCCGCUUUGUCACUGUUUUGUGAUUUCGGGAUUUUCUCGCAAGACCAAUUUGCCUAUAAAUAGAAGUUAAUUUAUGGAGAAAAGAGGAAGGCAAAUAUUUUCGAAAAUUGUACAUACCAGCAAGUUAACAAGGCAAAGAAUAUUGGAGAUAAACAACGCUCCCCUUGAUCGUAGCUGCUGUUGACAGCAUUUGCAAGAAGCGACAAAGAAAACUUUCUCAUUUACGGUGAGUUCACAGAAACAAAUAAAACUCUACUUUUCUUCUCAGAAUUGGGUAGUAAUACUACUAAUAUAUUUACUAUGAAACUUUUGCAAAACACCCUGUUCACGACAGCGAUUUUGUUCUGCUAGAAAUUUACCGCCUAGCGCGGUGAUUAUAACGUCAAAGUCCGAGAUAGCGAACCAAUCAGAUAGCGGGAAUUACCAAGAUCGCUGAAUGUGUAUAUACUACUGUUGAAUAAUCCCCUCGACUUUGUUCUCGGGGAUUAUUCAACAAUAUUAACUUCGCCUUCGGCGAAUAAUUGUUAGAUAUUACUGUACAUUUUUUUUUUUUGCUUUCUUUGUGGUGAAAUAUUCAUGGUAGGUGCAGAUUUUUACUAAUUUAUAUUUUUGGAGUUAGGAGAAAAGACUCAGCGAGGAAAAGAAAGGUUUCCAUUUUUUAUAUUGCUCGGUGUCUUAUUUUCCAAUUGGUACAUAUGUCUCAGAUAAAACAAGAAAUUGUUGUGAAUUGGGAAACAUUUUUUUUCAGCAGAGAUGAUAUCAAUGGGGGGCCUGAUGAAUGAGAAUUUUAAAUAAGAAUAUAUUAAAAUAUGGAAGUGCAGAUACAAGAAAAAAUGCGGUAAAAAAAAGUCUGUGGCAUCUCUUUGUAUUGAGAUAACGAUUUGCACAGCUAUGCUGAGUCGUGAGGUCCAUCAGUUUAGGUUUUUGCUUCUUUGGUAUAAAAUGGAUUUCUUUCGAAAUUCAAUCGACACAGCCAGAAAAGCAACAUGAAUGGAAUACACUGUUCCUCGUAAUAGUAUCAUGGCUGACUUGCUGAUCAAGAAAAAUAUAAAAAAGUUUGCACCUUCACUUACGAGUCCUUGCAAGAACUUGUAACUUUUUUCUUUGGCUUUGGUGAAAACUUCGAACGGAUAACGCAGUUUUUGUUAUUGAAAAAAACUAAAGACGGUCUCCUGCUGUUCACCAAAUAGCAACGCUAUAUUCCGAAAAUCUGCACCACAUAAUGUCUAUAGUUAUUGUCCGCUAUGGAUUACUAUGGACUGUUAUCGUGUUUUGACAAUCGAAAAACUGGACUUCGAUUUUUAUUGAUAAAUGGAUCCGGAUAACAAUUGGUGAAUGAUAUCGAUUGAUACCGACUACCCCUUUGUUAUAUCGAUUCAUAUUGAUUGACGUCGCCUAGUAUAUAAACACCAAUGAAAUAUCAAACUACAAGGGCACCCAACAACCGAAUGUUUCCAAAUACGUGCCAGAAGGCACGUGUCUUACAAUUAAUAGUUUUCUCUACAUUUUAUAACAUUGUUUGUUAAACUGUGGUGCCACACUAAACUAAGUUCGUGUUCAACAUUCUUGUGGUUUUUUGGUGUGUGUGCGUGUGUGUUCUAUUAGAAACAAAAUGCUGGUUUUUGAUGUUUUGACUCACUAACCGUUUCAAACAGCUCAUGCAGGCCUUAGUUAAAAUGACGAAAGUCACUCGAUGGGUUCCUUUCCUUGCACAGUGAUCGUACCGCGAAUUUUGCCCUUUAAGUGCUCGCAAAUUUAAAGUCUCUCAAGAAAUUUGUUAACAUGCCAAAUAACAAUGGCGUUCUUUAUACAACUUCACUUUAAAAGAAAAACGUACGUAAGAGAUCUGAUUACAAGAUGUUCUUAUAUACGGAAAAAAUCUUCUUUUUCCUGUAUACUUGAUAGCCGCAAAGCACAUUUCUUCUUUUUCUCUAAAUUUAUUUGAAACGCAUUUCAGUGCCAUUAGCUUAAGCUAAAUGGGAUAAGCUUAUAUCAUCGUCAAAAUAGCCUGCAUUGCAAGAUCAGGCUACAGUUUCCGCCGUUUUUAAAACAAAUAGUGCUUUUUAUUCCUAUCAUCUGAAUUGUUCAUUUGACUGAGAACUGCGGCGACCUUUCCCGAUUUCGCCAUUUUGACAAACUUUGCAGGAGAAGUAGAAUGAUAAAUCUAGAAUUGAUGAUGCGCAAUCACAAUCCGGCGAAAGAGUGCUCUAUUAGGAACUCUAACCAACAAAUAAACGCUGAAAACGUUUUUUUUUUUCAAACGGGCUGUCCCAAAAGAACACUGCGAAACGUUUAACUGCCCGUUUGUUGUGUACUUCCCAAGUCCAGUAAAGCGAGUUAUGGUCGGAGAUUUACUUCGCAAAGAGCGAAACAGUUGACUUGACUUUUUUUGUUUUUGCCUGAAGUGGCUAAAAGGUGUCGUUUUUGAAGGUAUUAUUAUUUUUGCUCUUUUUGACAGUUAUGCCUUUCUUGACUGCUCGACCAAUUUCGUUGGUCACGAUGGCACACACAGUAACCGAACGCGGUGUAAACUCUUUUGUUUCAUCCUCGAAGAUAUGCUCAAUUCAGUUAAAUGCUUCGGUGGCAGUCAGUUUUGCAAUUGACUGGAAUGUUGAAGAAGAUCUUUUUUCCCUUUACAUUAUUUUGCGAUCAUUUUUCCUGCAUUUUCUACAUAAAAUCAACUUUUCUUCAAAAAAUCCGAAUAAAAUCAAUUUUAUACUUACAUUGAUGGUUGUCUUCUUAAGCUUUGGGAAAUUUCAAUAACUCAAUCACAGUCUGAAUCGGUUUUUUAGAAAGUGCUUCUUUUUCUUAAUACUGCAAAACACUGCAAUCAGGAUUUUUUUUCCCUCUAGUAAGAGCAAUUAACAAAAUAACAUUGUUUUUAGCAUGCGGCAUUUGCCCCCUAAAUCAUUGAUGAUCUAAAACUGUAAGUUGUUAACCUACAUGCUAAUUACUUUAAAGAGAACGUAUUUCCAGGUGAGAAGAUAGAUGUAGCAAAAAAGUGAUUAUUGUGCAUGCUGGAAAACUAAGAUGUAAAAAAAUAAAAAAUAUAUAUAUAAAUGUAUAAAUAACAGUAAUCUUUGCAGUUAUAAGUGCAAUAGAAUUGCUGUUGUUGUUUCCUUUUUUUAAAGGCUGAAUUUUUGAUGUAUUGUCCUUAGGAAAUUCUAUCUUAAGUGUUCAUUUCCUUUCCAGCUGAGUGUACCUCAAUACGGACAGAUUGACUAUCAGCUAGGUGAAUAAAUAAUGAAUGAAUAAACUUUUGCCACAGCAGAAAGAUAUGAAAAUAGCCUCGUUAAAAUAAAGCAGCAAUCUUGUUCAACAUUUACAUAUGUACUUUACUAUCAUAAUCUAUCAGUAUUAUGGCAAUUUUAUUUUUUAUAUGUACUUUUUUUAAAAUUGAUAAGCGAUUUUUGGUUGUUUUGUAGGAUCUUAUUUAGAGAAAGUUUUGUUUCUAGAUCAGUUAGAAUUAACUUUUGCGACUAUAAUUGCGUUGCAUUCAAAUUUCAUACCUUGAUCUUUUCCCAAAGAACCAGUAUGAUGUCUUAGAAGCCUUUCAAAAACAUAAUUACAUUCGUUUUUCCUAGUAUCGUACCCAUCUACAUGCACAAUGUAUGUAAUAGUACAUAAACCACACAAUGUGAGAUCCGCCAUAUCAUAAAAAAAAGGUGAGAGAACUUUAAAAUGUGAGGGACUUCUCCAUUCCCUCCUUUGUUGACUCCAAAUGUAUAAUAUUCCGGAAGAUGAAUACUUGUUAAAGUUAUAUUAAUUACAAACCAAGCUUAUUUAGAGACGUUUCAAGCAAGUGCCUUUUUUUCUGAAAAGUAGUUGAUGCGGUUGCCAUGGUGUGACUUCAUGAUGAGAAUGAUCAAAACGCACGACGGAACAAAAAGAUUUGUUGGUUUUCACUUAAAAAGACGUUUGUAUUCGUUUCGAUGACAAGACGUUUUAACAAUUAUUGGCUUCACACUAGAACUCUCAAGUCUUAGCUAGUCUAAGAGUACUUGGAACGUACUUUGAGUGUCAAGGGGUAAAUGUACCUACUUCAACUUUACGUGGUGACCACGGAAACGUUCGUAGUUCAAAGAAGCCGAAGAUUAUCGCCAAGUAUGGUCUACACCACACUUGACAACACACUUGACCAAUAAGCAAUUGAAGACAUGUACACGUGCAGCAGUUCCAAGUUUCUAAUAAUGAACUGAAAAAUUAACAUCCAUGUCUCGCUUAGCGAAAAGCAUUGCGGAAGAGGGCAAGCCCAAGCCCUAUGGCGAUUUCUGUGCCAAAAAGUGUGUUGUUCAGCCAGUCUAGUGAAAUACUGUGGAAGAAGUCGCUUCUUUUUUUUGUUUUGUUUUGUUUUGUUUUUUUCUGCUCCCCACCGCCCAAGUAUUCGUAAAAAAACGAAGCACAUAAGCAUCUCUUUUACAGUUCAAACCCUUAGAGUUAAAAAUAGCAAAAAAAUAAAAAGGAAAAUGCAGAAAUACUCUUUUCCAGAGCAAAGGCCUCAUAGUUUAAGCUUUUGACGCAAUUAGUCACGUUUGUGAUAUCAUAAAUGAUGUUACUGCGAAAGAUGAUUGACAGCUUGUACUACAAGUAUAUACUUUGUUAACAACUGUGAAGCCAUGUUCAGGAAAACAGCGGUGUCUGAAUCAAUUUGGUACGGCAGUUUUAGUUCGGUGCGCCAAAAGCGUUAAGUUCGACAGAGUCUGUCGAACUUUUGUCGAGCUUAACUUAGGUUCGAGACACGGUGCUUCUGAACCAGUCCGAAAGCAGUGCACGAAGGCCGCAGCAAACCAACAAAUUCAUUUAAAUACUGCAAAAUGUUACAUACUAGGGUACCUACCGGCCAAAAUAAAAGUAAUGUUACGCGACAGUAAUUCUUACUCGUGAGCUUGGGGUACCUUUGGUUAGGGUUUAAUAUUUAGCAAUUAAUGAAUGAGGCUGAGUAGGAUGUGAAGAAUUAAGCAGAUCGAGGAAGGUGUUAUCCACCGAGGCCGAAGGCCAAGGUGGAUAAAACCCUCCGAGAUCUGCUUAAUUCUUCAUAUCCUACGAAAGCAGAAUUCAUUAAUUGCUUUAUUAUUCAUUCAAAAUAAUUCCUAGUUUAAAAACAUAGCUAAAACCUGCUUACCUGCAUCGAUGUUAAGUUCAGGCUCGAUAGNGAAAGCAGUGCACGAAGGCCGCAGCAAACCAACAAAUUCAUUUAAAUACUGCAAAAUGUUACAUACUAGGGUACCUACCGGCCAAAAUAAAAGUAAUGUUACGCGACAGUAAUUCUUACUCGUGAGCUUGGGGUACCUUUGGUUAGGGUUUAAUAUUUAGCAAUUAAUGAAUGAGGCUGAGUAGGAUGUGAAGAAUUAAGCAGAUCGAGGAAGGUAUUAUCCACCGAGGCCGAAGGCCAAGGUGGAUAAAACCCUCCGAGAUCUGCUUAAUUCUUCAUAUCCUACGAAAGCAGAAUUCAUUAAUUGCUUUAUUAUUCAUUCAAAAUAAUUCCUAGUUUAAAAACAUAGCUAAAACCUGCUUACCUGCAUCGAUGUUAAGUUCAGGCUCGAUAGCAUACAUUCAGGUUUGUCAAGCUCCGCAAAUAUUCUCCAAAUAGCAGAUGUCGCCCUCCGAGUUGUCUUCUUGCAGUUUUUGUCAUGUUUUUUAGCUAUUAUUUCGCCUAGCUUCAGCUAUAGUUGUUACUCUUGAAACGAGUGAAAUGCCCACCAUUUUUCAAGUUCACAACCAAAACAACUCAACCUCGUCCCCAGGUCUUCUCGGUUAACGGGGCAUUAAACUGCAAGAACGCUGCAUUUUUGACGUCGUUUACUCGCUAAACACAAAACUCUUCCAAAUUUGGUUAUAAGUACUGGUUAUGGUGAAUUAAACGUGUGCUUUUAGCUAAUCAGAAUCAGAUAAAUAUUUUGAAUGAAUAGUAAUAAGGUUUAGUUCAAAUUUGGGACGCGGCUCAUUCAUAGAUGGCAGCAUUUUUUCCCUAUCUUCGAAUUAAAAGGCACCAUAAAAUACAUAAUGCCGGUAAGACUCAGGUCACACGCGUUGGCGUCUUAGUUUCUGCUCCUUUAUAUCUAAAUGGAGGCAUUCCUCAGGGCACAAAAUUGGGUCUUGUGUUGUUUGCUGUUGUGGUCAAUGACCUUGUUCAAAGUUGGGGCGUCCACAUUAAAUUCGUGGAUGAUCUGGCAGUUUUGGAAGUUGUACCUCGCAAUUCGCCAUCCUUAUUGUAG